UUAUUACUGCAAUUACUGUAGUUUACUGCCUUCAAUUGGCUUUAAAUUACUGUGCAUAAUUACUGCUACUGAGGAAUUACUGCAUUACUGCCAUUACUGCUCCUUUUACUGACCUCAUGGCAGUAAGGAAUAAACAGUAAAUACCAACCAAGCAUGCAGGCAGGUCGCUGUACCGUACAGUACGUACCGGUACAAGCGAGAACACCGUAAAUCGGCCAAUCAUUACUUACCAUCGAAGGCAUUUUUUCUUACCGCAUCAAUGCCAAAUCAUUCGUCACAUCAAUAGAACUUGAAAAUAGACUCUAGAUCAAAUGAAAAGGCAAAAUUUACAAUGAUUGUGAUUGAGGGUGGUGGUGGGCAACACAGGGAUACAGUAUCGAUUCCGGGAACAGUACAACAUUCAUACACACAGGCACCUACCAAAGGUACGGUAAUACUACCAUUUUAAUUCUAUGCGUACCCCGGGUAUUAGGUUACUUAAUUAAGAACACGCCGAAGAAAAGCCCUACUAGAUAGUACUCUUUAAUAGUUCUCGCACCUUGGGUACCACCGACCACCGACGGUACCCGGUACCAAUGUACGAAAGCGAGGUAGAGUAGACUACUGGUACUAGUAAAGAAGACGACCGUCACUUUUUGACGGGUCAACAUCGAUCCAACCAGGCCCAACAAGAUUUCAUGAACCCCAGUUGCCUUCGCAACAAACGAUGGAUGGUUAGACUUUUCUUCUUUCCCGCAUCCCAAAGUAUUUGCAUCAUUCAAGAUCCUGGAUCUUCAGACAGGGCCUCGAAGUGACCGAGCUCUCAUAAGUUUGGAUGUUGAGCAAAUAAAUCAACGAACUCCAAAUCAAUCAACCAACCAACAAAACACUAGCUAGACAAGAUGAAGACGUCGUUGUGCUUCAAACUCCUUUUCGUGACCUGGCUUGUUCUGGGUUGGUCAGACCCAGUCGAAGCGGGGAAGAAGAAGAGAGAAGGGCCCAGCUCCAGUUCCGACAUCGCUACCAGCGCCCGCGCCGUCGCCCAAGCCGUACUCUGCAAAGAAAGGCGACAACGCGGCUGUGGUGGCAAAGAAGAAGGAGAAGGAAGCUAUGUAUCUCAAGUUUGGCGAGUUCAUCUACAUCCAGGCCAUGUCGGAAGAAUUCAAGUGGCUAAGUGGUGGCCGUGGAAAGGGCAAUGAUGACAGCUUUACUAGGCACAAGUACAAGAACAACGAUGAGACCAAGAAAGAUAAGCAUUACAGGUUCAAAAUCCAGGCUAAUGACAGGGUCAACCCAGGCAAAAUGGAUGGUCAGUGUGUCAAAUAUGGUGACUGGGUCUACCUCUGGGUCACUGGCGACAAAGAAGGUCACAAGAGAUGGCUAAGUGGGUGCCGUGGCGACAAGCAAGAGGGUACCAAGACCAACGACGUCCAAGGAAACUCUGAUGGAGAAAAGUUACCGAAUCAUUAUGCGUGGCAGUUCAGAAGUAACAUGGGCAAUGGAGACGUCGGCGCCCCCGAUCCAGCCAAAGGAAAUUGCAUUAUGGAUCAGAGUGCUGUGUUUAUCCAGAACGGAGCAAUGAAGAUGAAGUGGUUGUCGAAUUGGGAGAAGGAGGAAGCCAAAACGCGAAAUUACAUUCAAAAGAGUGCCCAACCCACUGACAAGCGUUUCAAAUGGAUCUUGCGACGACUUGCUGGUGACGGAUCAACCGUAACAAUGACGAACGCUGUUGCCUGCCAACCAAAGGCUGCAAAAGGUGCCUGGGUCCACAAGCACACAUCCAAUGGUGAACAGACUGUCACUUAUACCACAGGAAUCACAAAGGAAGAAAGCAAGGAUUACACCAAGUCGGAGAAUUGGGAAGUUGGUGUCACGGUGACGGUCGAAGCCGAUAUGGUAUUUGGCAGUACCAGUGUAGAAUCCAGUUUCUCGUAUGGCCAAGAAGUUUCCCAGUCUGUAGGGUCGUCCCUGAGUUUCGAGGAGUCUGAAGAAUACUCGACCACCUUCCCUCCUGGUGUGGUGUGGCAGUAUCAGACUAUUGUUACAGACGUUUGUGGAGCAGAUACAGCCAUGAAAGCCAAACAUCUCUAUUCCACUGAGAGAAGGGAUGAACCUCCCUGUUGCGUCCCUGGCUACUUCCAGUACCUCGAACACGCGCAUGGCCCAUGCAAAGGAGAUUCGCCCUGCUCGUGUGAGGAGGAUGUCUGUUCAGGAAAAGCAUUGGAAGAGAAGCUGAAGAACGAAUUCCUUGCGGAAGAAGAGCAAUACCAAAAGGAAGAUGAGUGGCUUGAAGAAAUGGAGGAGGAGCAGCGUGAAAAGGAAUUGGAAGAGUACAAGGAUAAGCAGGAGGAAGACAGCUACGAGGAAGACAGCUACGAGGCAGACAGCUACGAGGAAGAAGAGAGCUCGGACAGUGAUGAAGGCUCCAGCGGUGGCGGAAAGAAGAAAAAGAAGAAGAAGAAGAAGAAGGACUCGAAGGAGGACUCGGAGGACAAGAAUGACAAGAAGAACAAGAAGAAAAGUGACGUAGUGUACUGCAGUGAGGAUGAGAUGCUUGAAAUGCUUGAAGAUACCAUCCUGGACGGACUCUACCCGAGUAGGAGGCUUGGAGACAUCAAUAUCCAGAUCACUGCGAUUGCCAACACCGGUUCUGAUGGAGGCGACUACGGCGAUUUGUUUGGCGACAGUCGCAGCAAGAAGGACAAGAAAAAGAAACGAGGCAAAGAUAAGGGUGGCCGAGGAGGCAGCAGGGAUGACUGGGGCCGUGGCGGUGGACGCGGCGGCGGUGGCGGUGGUGGACGCGGCGGCGGUGGACGCGGCAGCAGCGGAUGUAUCAUUGAUGAUGAGCUCUUUGAGUAUGCCGAAGCUUCAAUCUUGGAAGCAGUCAAUGAUUACUGAACUUGAAGCCGCUCACAUUGCACAAGUUGGUAGCCUCGGAAAGGAAUUGCUUUGCGGGGAUUUGUAGCUAAAAUCACUAGAGUUAGCUUUUAUGCGGCCAAAAGCUGGUUUUCGAUGGUUUAUCUUCAAGUCUAGCUAGAGGGGAACA